GGAGGCGGAUUAUGGCACACAUGGUUUGAUAGAGAUUUGAUUUUGGGAGGAAGAAUAAUAUAUUAGGAUGAAAAAAAAGUGUUAAAAACAACUUUAUUUUAAACUGAAAAACCCUAUUUUAAAAUUCCAAAUUUAGCUAUUCAUUUAUAAGAAGAAAAAAAUAAAUUUCAAAUAAAUUUAGAAAAUCAUUUAAAUCCAAUAAUGUCUUAUAUAAAUAAAGAAAACGAAGAAAAUUCUAAAAGAGAUCAUUUCGAAGGAUUACUGAAUGAAAUUUCGGAAUAAAUAAAGAUUCCUAUCAAACAAAUUUUGGAUUUAGAUUUAUUCUUUUCAGAUAAUUAGCAAGGACAAAUUAUUGGAUUUAAUCAAGAAUUCAUAAGUGCGGCCAGAAUUGAUAAUUUAUUUUCCUGUUGGGCUGCUGUGAAAGCUUUUUAAGAAUGUAAAUAAGACGAAAAUUAACAUUCAAUUAACUUAAUUUGCCUUUUUGAUCAUGAAGAAUGUGGGUCUUAAAGUUCUAAAGGCGCUGGAAGUAACCUUUUGAAUUAAACAUUAUAAAGAAUUUGGAAAACAUUAAAAUAAACAAAUGUUUAAUAAGAUUCUUUAGAAAAAGCUUUCGCAAAUUCUUUUUUAGUCUCAGCGGAUAUGGCUCAUUCUAUACAUCCUAAUUAUGCUGAUUGUCAUAAAUAAAAUCAUUAAGUUAAAUUAAAUGAAGGAAUUAUAAUUAAAACAAAUCAUAAUUAAAGAUAUUCAACUGAUUCCUUUACCUCAAGUUUUGUAAAAUAAAUUGCAAAUUCAGGCAAUAUUCCUUACUAAGAAUUUAUUGUGAAAAAUGGAAGUCCUUGUGGAAGUACUAUUGGACCUAUUGUGUCUAGUAAUACAGGUAUUAAAAGUGUUGAUUUGGGUACGGGAAGUUGGGGAAUGCAUUCUAUAAGGGAAACUUGUGGAAGCUUAGACUCUUAUUAUUAUUUUUAGUUUAUGAAAUUAUUUUUAGAAUUUAAUUAUGAUUUUAAAUGA